AUGCUGCUCAGUGCAGCCUUGUCAUUUUUCUUCCUUCUCUACUUCAACCGACUCUUCGCCUCGAUAGUCUCAUACGGAAUCCGCACAUGGUCCUGGCACAAGCAUAAGAUAUGGAUUGACAUUGGUGCAAUACAAAUAUCUCUACUUGGAGGGCGAAUCUUCUUCCACGGCCUGCGGUACCACGGCUCUAAUGAGACCUUCUUGGUCCAACACGGUUACGUAACAUGGCGAUAUUGGCUCAGGAGAGUCCGAGAAGUGGACGUUGUUGCCGACAGCCCCCAGGAGAGUGCGGUUCCAGGAAGAGAUAAGAACGCCAAACGUCCAUGCCGCAUCAGCGUUAACCUCAUCGGCGUCGAGUGGUUCGUUUACAAUCGGAGUCCCGCCUACGACUCGGUUCUUGCAGGCCUCUCCGACUCUAAGCCGGACCACCCAGGAUUGCAGCCAGCAGAUGUCUUUGCCCCAGAAGCCAAAGAUGAUUCGAAUCCGAGUCUCCGCUCGCGAAGAUCUCACCGAGACCCAUCCGAGCUAACUAGGGAGCCAAACGGAGCCAAAAACGAGACCAGGGACUCAGAGAAGCACUCCCUCGACGAUAGCUCUAGUCCAGAGAGCCGCGACGGUGCCAGUUCUCGCUCAGGGAGCGCCUUAGAGGAUGACGUGGUUCGGAGGCGAUCUGAUUUGCCAUUCCUCGUCCAACUCCUCCCUAUUAACAUCUACUGUCAGAAGGCAGCAGCCGUCAUCGGAAAUGAAAAUACCAAGGGCAUCCUUACAUUCAAGUCCGACUACCUGACGGCCGACAUUGAUGCAUCAGAGACUCAAACUGUCGACCCUUAUCGUCAAGUAUUUAAAAUCGACUUCGAACACCCAGUGAUCGAGCUCAAGGACAACGAGGACUUCAAGAGCGAUCAAGCUGGGCGUGCAACUGGCAACCAGCUCCCGGUCCAGACUGCUGCUAAAGCCACCCUCUUCCGACGCCGCUAUCGCAAGACCGUCAUCUUUUUGCGCAAGAUGCUACAUCGUGCAAGGCCUUUCAACCCCAUGCAAGUGAAUUCGGGGCCUUCUCAGGGGGCUCCUUCCUCGCGCAUACCUGGCGAUGGGCAGUGGCAGGGCCUGUCAAGGUAUUUGGACGACCAAGAAAAUGACGAUAAGGCUCGUUGGUCAUCAAUUGAGUACGCAGCCGAAAACACGAUCCUAGACUCCCCCGCUGCCAGUCUGACUGUUUACUGGGACGCCGUCACGAAAGUCGCACCCCACCAUAUGAGCCAUGACUUUCGUACCGAUAUGAAUGGGGGAGAAGCUCCCGCCUGGGGUAUGGACUUCUCCAUCAAGGGAGGUUCGGUCAGCUAUGGGCCUUGGGCUGAUCGACGACGGGCCGACCUUCAGCGCGUCUUCUUUCCUAGUCUAUGCAAGGAUGCCUCUGCGGCGACACCGAUACCAGCUGGGUCAUGGAGGGCUCCGACUCAAUUCAAAGUCCUCAUUGAGCUGGAAGACACUGUGACUGUCAAGGUCCCGUUCCGAGAGCAGUCAAAGAACUGGCGCUGGCGUGGCCAAGAUACGCAUAUGAAACCCAAGCUUGGAGCCGGCCGAAAGCGUCGGGGCCGUGCAGCAAAAGACGGCAAAGGAGAAGCUGGCCCGCAACGACCGGCUGCUUGGCUUGAGGCAAAAGUCUUCGCAAAUUCGACAAUUGCCUACGAUAUGGACAUGUUCGCUUCAGAAACUGGGUACCAGAAUUUACUCAACAUUGAUCUCUCAGGAUCGGAAUUACGCAGUGUUGUGAAUCAGAGGAUUCUCUGGAAAUCCGGGCCUCAACGCAUGAGUUGCGAUCUCUCCAACCCCCUUUCGUGGAACUCGCAUCGUCUCUGGCGUUUCAACUUUGAUUUUGACGAUCUUGAACUAUACCUCCUUCGCGACCACGUUUUUCUACUCAUUGACCUCAUCGAUGACUGGACCACUGGACCUCCAUCAGACUACCUCACCUUUGUUCCCUUUACCUACCUCCUCAACUUGCAGUUGAAAAACACCAAGAUUUUCGUCAAUGUUAAUGAGGCCAAUAUCAUUGACAAGCCAGGCGCUCUUGACGAGAAUUCCUUUAUAAUUCUUUCAAGCCCGCUGUUAUGCGUGGGCACCUCCAUCGCCUUGGACUCAUUUCGACCGGAAAAGAGCUCGAUCCCUUUCGAUAUACGCGGCGACAGGGUAGACUUGUCGUUCCAUUUGCCCCAAUGGAGCACACAGGCUGCCUUUACUCAUUCUGGCGAGUUGGGCCAGGUGAAGAACCUGGUGGUAGAGGGUGGCUACCAUUACCAUGCAACCACAUCACCUGCGAACACGGAUACCCUGGUUCUGAGCGUAAACGGCGACUCGCUAUACACCUACCUGUACGGCUUUGUCGUCAGGUACUUCCUCCUGCUCAAGGAUAAUUAUUUUGGCGAGCACGUUCACUUCCGCACCCUCGAUGAGUACCAAGAACAACUCCAGCUCAAGGAGCAGAACCCUGAUGCCGAGGCAGGGACUGGACAGCCGAGCAAGAAAUCCAAUGACUUGGACGUCAUGUUAAGCAUCAAAAUCAACGACCCCAAGUUCAUGCUCCCAUCAAACUUGUAUUCGCCCAAACGCUAUAUACAGGGCGAGCUCUCCAGCCUGUCACUCGAUUUGCGAUUCACCAACUACUACAUGGACUUGGAGGUGGACCUGAGCCCCCUCAACCUGUCUUUUAGUGACUCAGAACCAGAUGUUGAUUCGGCAGGCGGCUUGACAUCAAGCACUCAGCUCUACAUAGAUGGCAUUCGAGUCUUCGGAAACCGCUUGUUUGGUAUACCACCAACGGAACCCACCUAUUUGUGCAACUGGGACGUGUCGGUGGGUAAAGUGUCGGGGGAGUGUAUUUCGGAUUUCAUCCAUGCGCUCGCCGGGACACUUGGUGCUCUGGGGUCCUCCUUUGAUGAUGUCGAGAAUGCACUCGUGCCCUACUUCUCUCUCGUUUUUGACGAUGUGACGUUUGCAAGAGUUGCUGUUGAAUCCAUUAACAUCUGGCUUCAUAUAGACGAGGCCGCGUUUCUUCUGUCAACUGGCACAAUUGAAAUAUCCUCCAAUGACUGGGCCCGCUCGCACUACUCCAGCCGAGCCAAUAUCAACAUCCCCAACAUUCAGAUAUCAUGCGUGAACUCCGAAUCGGCGGCGAGACACAAGACACACCCGGGACGCCCAGUGGAGACCCAGGCCUACCUGCACACAGACGUACAUCUUGCCGUGGUUGGGAGGAAACUCCAUUUCUCGCAAAAACGCCACACUCAGCAGGAAUUAGUGCGGAGAGAGGACCAACGCACGAACCGCACUCCAUUCCUCAUCAUCCCGGAAUAUGCGGGUGAGUUUGUGCCAGAGCCUGGGGACCCGCCGGCUCAGGGUGUACCGAUUCCUCCGCAGCCCUUGCUUGACAAUGGAAGCGACGGAAGCUCUUUCAGAAGUACGACUAGUGCUACUAGUUCUAGGAGGUCACAUUAUCUGCGUCGCCAAACGUCGUUCCUCUCGUCUCGGUCGAGCGCACGCAGUGUGAGGCGUUCAUCAAGUCAUCCGAGAACAACAUUCGGCUUACGGCCUACGGAUCUGGCACGCGGCAGCUCUUUCAGAGAUGAUGCCUCCAACUCUUUUGACUGCCGCUCAUCAUUCUAUAGCGCACGCGCCGACGGCAGCGUUGCAGAGAGCCAGCAUCCUACUUUGACAUUCUUUAGCCAGUAUUAUGAACCUCACUUUGCUCUGGCAGGAGCUCAGCCGGAUACUCGGGAGGCACCCCAAUUAGACGACGACGAUGGCAGCAGUGUGGGCCAUGAGGAAGAUGAAUUCCUGAGCGGCUACGCAACCCAGCUCGAAGAUAUCCACCCAAACCAACUCAGCGACGACCACGCUCACUCGAGCACCUUGAUCGAAUUCACAUCCGGCGUCACGGCUUUUAUUAAGCCAGAGGCCAUCAAAUAUGCAAUGAAGCUUGUCUCAGCUCUUCAGCCCGUCGAGCCUGAGGACAUACUGGACUCUCUCCAGGAAAAUUGCAUAUCAAAGAUAUCCAGUUUGACAAAGAAAAAGGCAACAAACGGGUCCGUUUCAGACCUCAUGAUCAGGCUUCCAAAGGCUAGAAUUCGUUUCCUGACCUCUUCAUUUUCCAUCGACGGCUCUUCCAACAUAGUUGAGCAGGAGGAAGAUCAGUACGACUUUUCAAUCUCAAAGCUAGGCCUUGUUACCCGCACAAGCAGGGGCCAUGAUGACACCUCGAAUCAGGAGACCGUGGGUUCCAAAACGUCACUCUACCUUCAGCUUGGCUCCGCUGAGGUCUCGGCCUCUGAGAGGCUGUCGUCACUCGAGAAGCCACAGGCAGCCAUGGUGUUCCGGGUGGACAAUGUCGCCGUUUCUGUGGGCGCUAAAGAAGUGACGUAUUUUGAUGUCGACAUUGGCUCCGUCAUUGGCAGUUCUGCUUCGGGCAAGGUCGAAUACCUGGCCUCCCUCAUCCAUCGGACAUCUCGCUUAGCCACUGAAUUGGGACGACUGAUCGAAGACACGUCCAGGCGUCACGAGGAGCGCCUCAAAUACUGCACCUAUCGAUUGCUGAAAGAGGGAACGUCGACGCAGGACCCGUCCUUCAUGAUUCGGCCCUCAGCCGUCCUGCGCUCAGUACAGAAUCAUCUUCGUACGUAUGAUUCGUGGAAGCUCAUUAUGAGAUUGCGCCAGAUCUGGAGUACAAUGGACCCGCGUUCAAGGAAUGAAUUUAUGCAUGAUAUCUCAGGCGACUUCCCGCUAGUUCCUGAAGAUGCUGUCGAUUUUGUCCAGGAGGAAUUUCAUCGUUGGCGAGGAUGGGAUCUGGAGAAUAUCCGAGGUUCCUUUUUGCUCCAACGCGUCUUUGGCCCCACAGACAAUCCUCCCGAGGCUCCUGCGGCACAGGACGCCCUCCUUGGAGCCUGCAGCUUGAGUGAGCUGCAGUUUGUCUUAGACCCGGGCCCAAAGGAAAACAAAGUCGGGAUCAUGGAGAUAGCUGCGAGGAUUGACAAGAAGAUCCCAAGCCCUGACAGUCAAGUCCUGAGCGGGAGCCAGGGGCCUGCGCCGCUCAUUGUUCUCAAUAUUUGCUGCGAUGAGGCCGCCGUCAAUAUCAACUGGGAGCUGGGUGAGCUCGUUGAUGAUGUCCUUCGCUUGUACAAUCGCAGUCAAGAAAAUGCAGGUUACGAAGUGUCGACUACGGCAAAGUCGAAGGGGGCAACAGAAGCAGCGCCGACGCACCAGCCCAAAGACCCUAUGGAUCUACACCUGGUGGUGGAGGUGGCCCAUGGAUCUCUGGAAGUUGAAACGAUCAAUCUCAAGUCUAAUACGGUGACUGGUGACUUCAAGGCCUCUGCCAUCAUGCAUGCUGGCAACGGAGAGGCGCCGAUCUCGUCGAAUGUGGUUCUCAACUGCAACUCUGUCACAUCUGAUCUUCUGAGUUAUACACGGACUAUGAGCUCAUUCCAACUCGUGGACCCGACGGUUUUUGUGGCACAAGAGCUCCAGGAAUCCUCCGACGCCUCUAUUCGAACAGUCAAGGCUACUGCCAGCAGUCGCGACUUCAACUUCGCAGUCAAAGAGGAUCCUAUAGGCCUAAUGGAGGUUCUUGAUCUGCUGUUGAAAGACGAAGUCGCGCAUGUUCUCAACCUCGUCGAAAGACUCCCAGCCAAGAAGGAGCAGAAGCCAAAGCAUUCCAUUAAUAUCAAGGACCGUCUAUCAACGUUUAGGUUCAAUGUGGCACUGUUCUUAGACAAGUACACCAUCAGCGUUCCGCUGUUGCAAUCGCUCACCUAUAAAAUAUCAGGAAGCGUGGCGCGUGCAGCAUGUGCGGCUAACUACGGGAGGGAAAUCAUACUUGACUUUGACAUCAAGGAGAACUCGCAUGAGAUGCAAAUCGACGUUCGCAAUAAGCCGAGGAGGAUUUCCCUGCUCCAGAUACCUCCCAUCAAUGGUCGCAUCAGUAGCCAGAUGCAGCAGUCAGAGCACAUUCUUACGAUCCUCUCAUCGGUAGAAAUGAUACAGCUGGAUGCGUCGGCUGUCUACAGUAUUCUCGGGGCUCUCAAUCGGCCACAGAUAUCCAGUGCUCUUGAGGAGAUGAAGGAACAGAGCAGGACGAUACAGAGGCAUGCGGCCGAAGUCUUUGGCACGAAGGAGCCACCAAGCAAGCCCUCGCCGGCAAACCCCGCCGAUGAAUCUGUCUCAGAACAGCUUGUGUAUAACGUACAUCUGACUCUGGCUGGUCUCCAAGUAUCUUCCAUCACACCUCUCGCCUCCAGGGUCGAACCCGUGUCCCAAGUCUUGUUCUCCGUGGAGAAGAUGUACUUGCAGUCAAGCAACCGGCACGAGGCUUCGGCACCCAUCUCCAAGUACCCCGAGGUACAUGUCAACAUCAAACAGAUCGCGCUGGACAUACGACGAGGCACUCGAGAUGCAAUGCGGUCGUGCGGCCGAAUCGGUGCUGGGGUGACCGUUUCAGCCGGCGUUCAGCAUAGUGACGACGGGAAAGAUGACUGGGCAUUUGAUUUCAAGAGUCCGGACCUAGAUAUCAGCCUGUCUCCAGAGACUAUAUCGACCGCGCUGGUAGUGCUCGCCUAUCUCAGGGGGAAGAUUAAGGAUCUUGAUACUUCCCGGGAGCUGAACUACCUUCGAAAGCUUAGGCAACCGAAACCUCGCAUCGUGGUGGAGGACAGUGAUGCUGCUACCAGUGAAGAGGCGGACAUUCUAGACUCGGUUCUGUCAUCACUGGUCUACCAUUUCCAGCUGCAGAACAUCCGAGCCUGCUGGAACGUGGCCAGCGACGGAGACGACCGCAGCAGCAGCAAGGAGGAUCUGGCACUGUCCAUCAAACUCAUACAGUUUGGGACUAAAACCAAGAAGUCAGCACGUCUGACCAUCGAAGACUUCCAACUCCAGACGGUGCCCCUGGGGCAAGACAAAACUAUCCGUUCACUGCACUCGGCCCUCCUCCCAGAAGUCAUCUUCAACAUCGCCUACGUUUCUACUCCGACGGCUCGCCGCAUGGCGUUCCAGGCCGUGGGCCAGUCGCUGGACCUCAGGCUCACGUCAGGGUUUAUCAUGCCUGCGGCCAACCUUGCAGAAUCCAUAUCCCUGUCGAUCAAGAACGUUCGCGAAGCGUCCACUGAGUGGAGCCUCACGAACGAGACUACUAAGAAGCAAGAGGGCCUGUCAAACACGGAGCGCCCCUGGAACCUCUUUGGCAAGAAGCGUCUGGAGAAUCUGCUUAUCGACGCCGACUUUGCGGGCUCAGUGGUUCACAUUUCCAGCAAGAGAGAUUUCAGCGAUUCAUCAAGAACCUCCAAGAUCAACCGGCCGUCACUAGCUGGCAAAUAUGGACAAUUCAACGCCGAUGAUUCCGGUAGUGGCGCGGUUUUACAAUCCCCGGGAUUGGCCUGGAAGUUUGAGUUUCAGGACAACGGGCACGACGCGCCAACACUUUCCGGGGAAGUCAAGAUUGACGCGUCAAGCAAUAUCCUGUACCCAUCAGUGGUUCCUCUGAUACUCGACAUGGUCGCUAGUGUCCAGGAGGUGGUGAGGGUUGACGAUGGCACGGUGAAACCGGCGGCGGGAGAGGACGCGCAAUCAAAUCCAAAGGCGGGUUCGGGAGGCCCGGACUCGGCUACGCCCGCCGAAUCUGGCGAUGAGAAUAUCCUCUCAACGGAUCCCAGCGCUUUUCUAGGCGGCGCGAGACUGAACCUUGCGCUGCGUAUAUCCAGACAGGAGUUUUCGCUCAGCUGUCAGCCAAUCGCUCGUGUGGCUGCGACGGCGCGUUUCGAUGGCAUCUACGUCACGGUCAAUACGGUGUCGUCGGCAGAUCACGGGAACUUCUUUGCCGUCUCUGGCACAUUUUCGGGGCUGCAGGCCUCCGUGCAGCACGUCUAUUCGAGGGAUUCGACGGGUAGCUUCGAGAUAGAGACUGCGACGCUAUCCCUGAUGAACAGCAAACACGUCAGUGGCACGAGUGGCCUAUCCGCCAUCCUCAACAUCAGUCCCAUGAAGGUAUCGGUGAAUGCAAAGCAGUUGCAGGACUUCCUCCUCUUCCGGGAGAUCUGGUACCCCGAGGAGCUGCGCCGGAGCAACGCAGCACCGGUGGCGAAGCCGGCGAUGGAGAAUUUGCAGCAGGCUCAUCUCGUGCAGCGGUACCAGCAAGUAGCGGCGACGGCGGCAUUCCCAUGGACAGCAACCAUAUCGGUAGCGGCGCUGGAUGUGGCAGUGGAUCUAGGCCAGGCGAUCGGGAAGUCGGUGUUUCAGAUCCACAACUUCUGGGUGUCGUCCAAGAAGACAUCUGGUUGGGAGCAGAAUCUCUGCCUGGGCUUCCACAAGGUUGGGGUCGACUGUAGCGGCCGCCUCAGUGGCUUUGUGGCACUUCAGGAUUUCAGGCUGCGUACGUCAAUCCAAUGGCCGAGGCGCGAGCAGGCACUCAACGAGACUCCCAUGGUACAGGCGUCGUUAGGCUUCAAUGCCCUGCGCCUGAAGGCAGCAUUUGAUUACCAGGCGUUCCUAGUAGCCGACAUCCGCACGCUAGAGUUCCUCAUGUAUAAUGUCCGCGAGAGCCGGAGCGGCCGGGGUGACCGGCUGGUGGCUAUCUGCGAUAGUGAAGCGGUGCAGGUGUUUGGCACGACAACUUCGGCCUCGCAGGCUGUGGCGCUCUACCAGGCGCUCAAGAAGCUGGCCCAGGAACGCAGGGAGAACCUGCAGUCAUCUCUCAAGGAUAUCGAGAAGCUGAUGCGGCGCCGGUCUAGCACGAUACGGCACGCAGCGCCACCGCAGCAACAACGGGCGUCGUCGGAUGCAUCCAAGAUGGCGGGGGAUGUGGCUGGGGAGGCUGGAGCGGAGUCUUCUGAAGUGGAGGCGCAGACCAAGUCCCCCAUCUCCCUGGACACUGACGUGGUGGUGACGCUCAAGGCACUCAACCUUGGCGUGUUUCCGAGCACGUUUGCGGGUAACCAGGUGUUCAAGGUUGAGGCACUGAACGCGUACGCGCGGUUCGCGGCCAGCAUGGACACGGGUCGGAUCCACAGCAUCCUCAAGAUGACGCUGGGUCAGCUGCGGAUAGGACUUGCGGAGGUGCGCAACGCGGAUGGGCCCAAGACGCUGAGCGAGACGUCGGUCGAGGACGUGGUGCAGCGGGCGACGGGGUCACGCGGGGGCACCAUCCUCAAGGUGCCACAAGUGUCGGCCGUGAUGGAGACGUGGCAGAAGCCGAACAGCAGCGCCAUCGACUACGUCUUCAAGAGCGCCUUCGAGGGCAAGGUGGAGGUGGGGUGGAACUACUCUCGCAUCAGCUAUAUCCGGGGUAUGUGGGCGAAGCACCGCAAGUCCCUGGAGCAGACGUGGGGGCGAGAGUUACCGAUGACAGCGGUCAGGAUUACCGGCGUUCCAGAAGCGGAGGGGGGCAGUGGCGGCGUCAACGGGGGCGGCGGGGAGGGCCGAGACGGUGGGACGGGCGGUAGAUCCAGCGCCGAUGCGCGCACGCAGCAAGGGCAGCAGAAGAUCACGGCAGAGGUCAACGUCCCGCAGUCCAAGUACAACUACCUAGCGUUGGAGCCGCCGAUCAUCGAGACGCCACAGCUGAGGGAUAUGGGAGAGGCUACACCCCCCCUAGAGUGGAUCGGGUUGCACCGAGAUAAGCUGCCGAACCUGACGCAUCAGAUUGUCAUUGUGUCACUCCUUGAGCUGGCCGGCGAGGUGGAAGAUGCAUACGCUAAGAUUUUGGGAGUGACCUGA